CGAUUAGGGUUUCUCCGAUCCUUUCUCCUUUCUCAGAUCCCUGAAACUGAGUCCGAAUCCCAAGGAAUGAACACUGAAAAUCCAAGGAUUGAUGGCAGAGAGAAUCAAAAUUUAGACGCUUCAGGCACAGAGGAGGGGGAGAGUGAGUCGGAUGAUGCUGGAUCUGACUCCAAUCCUCUUCCAAACAUUGGCUGGGUCAUUGCCGACAGUGAGUAUGAGGAAAGCGAGUUGGAGGAUGAGCCCAUGCAAGGAUUUGGAAGUGAAUUGGAUGAAGACCAGUUCAUUGAGGAGGAGGAGGAGGACAGAAACGAACUGUCUGAUGCUGAAAUGGGCAGCCACUCCGAUGCCAUUGGCACAGGGGUUCGCGAGGUUCUCAUCUCUGCUUGGGAGAGGAGGAACAACACUGUGAGGAGGAGCAGCGGUGUGAGGCGGAGCAUCGGUGUGAGGCGGAGCAGCGGUGUGAGGCAGAGCAUCGGUGUGAGGCGGAGCAUCGGUGUGAGGCGGAGCAGCGAUGUGAGGCGGAGCAUCGGUGUGAGGCGGAGCAACGGUGUGAGGCAGAGCAUCGGUGUGAGGCGGAGCAUCGGUGUGAGGCGGAGCAGCGGUGUGAGGCGGAGCAGCGGUGUGAGUAUCAGGCAUGUGAGAUGAAUAGUGGGCAGGAGCUGCAGUUUUUUUUGGGGGUGGAGUUUCUAAUUUUAGAAGGGUUGGAUAUUUAUAGGAUAUGGCCUUGGUGGACUUUAUGUUUGUAUUUGGAGGGAAAUUUUUAGAAAUUUCCCUCCUAUUUGUAAAAUGUUUUCAUUUUUGAUUUUGAGACUAGUGCCAAAAGUUUGCCGUAGUUGUAAUAGAUCUGACAAUGAAUAAUUCGAACAAAUCAAUGUGUGGCUGUGAU